GUAGAUUUUUUAACUACAAAUCGUACCGUUAUUGUAAAUUCACUACCGCAUUUGGUUGAUCAUAAAGGCCUUGAUGGCGCGUGGACCAAACGAUUCAUACUAUCUAUAAAAGGUUUGAGUUCAGACUUAGUUGGUGACAUGGAAAGGAAGAAAUUUUCUGAUCCGAGUGAUGGUGUGAGGCAACUCCUUGACAGGUAUUACCUGCGCUUGGAGCAUCAGAAAUUUUCUGGUCCCACCAUUGCGAACCGUCCUAUGAACCUGGAGCGUACCAAAAGUGACUUGGAUUCUUUUUGGCAAGAGGUGAUCAUUGAGCGAUUACAGCGCAAAGUCCAAAGCACCUACGAUAAGGAAACCCUUCUUACGUUUGAUGAGUCAGGUAAACAUUAUGGAGAGCAACUGCGCAUACCUUACAAAAAAGAAGAGGGCAAGGAGGAGGAAACAUCUUCGGGUUGUAAACGUUCCAAUAGCACUUUAGAUUCAGAUUCAACUUCCCCUGUGGAGACAAAGAAGAUCAGACCCGGUAAAGAUGUGAAUGUUGAGGAAGCUAACAAUGAUGAUGUUGUAAAAAUGACUUCGAUUGCGUAUCAGCAAUUUACGGAUAAAUAUCGAAAAUUAAAGAAGAAGAUAAAUGGACUUUGUCAACUGAAAAAAUUUCUCUGUCAUUCUUUUUUAAUCGACCCGGAUGACAAGAACUAUAUACAACAAGGCAUCUUCACGCCUGAGGAAUUAAAAGAAAUUCAAAAUUUUAGUAAGAAAAAAUUGCCAUCAAUGCCGGAUGAUCUUUUGAAGUAUCUUAAUAGUUUCCGAAAGUCCAAUACUUCUGACCUGCGAGAAUUGAUCUUUCGCUCUGAUUUACAUGACCAACUAUUCGAUCGAUCAAAAAAUUUCGAUUAUGACUGGAUACGUAACACUACAUAUAAUCUCGUGCUUGAAUAUGAAGCGAAUCAUCUCGCAAAGGAUCACCUUGAAACUUGGAUCAUGCUACAUGUGUGGUCGUUUAUUGAUAAAAUCUUUUUAGACAUAGAUGGCAUGGAAAUUGUUAGAGGUGAAUCAUGUAGCUAUGCAUCGUCAAAUAGAAAAAAUUCACAACGGGUGGUUGCAUCAACAGGUUCAAUGAAAAAAAAGGCAAUGGGUCGGCGUGGAGAUUUAAUAAUCCGGAAAUGGCAUACGGAAUAUGGGUGUGGUGAAGCUGGAAAAAUAUUCGAAGGCAUCAAUGGUACAAAGAUCAUUAAAGAAGGGGGUUUGAAAAUGCCCAAAAUGCUUAGAGAUAUGUUCAAUGACCUUUGCGAAACUAUGAAAAUGCGGAAGGAUAAAAUCAGAAAGCUAGAAACAGUCGGUUUUAUCAUCUCGGGCUUGAAGAUCUCAUUGUUACGGUUAGAUUUACCAGCGGGACAUGUUUGUAGAUUGUCACGGACACGACUUUUUGAGAUACCAACUCAGGUCUCUGAAUUUGGUGCAAAAGUCCUUCCAACAAUGAGCUUGAUAUGGAAGGCAAAGGCAAUAGUGAAAAAUGUAAUCAAACUAAUGGAGGAAGAAGAUCUGACGGAAGAAGAACAGCUCAAAAUGCUACAGAACUGUGAUGAAGUUGAUGAAAGUGGUUUAACGACACCGCCACCUAGAUUGCAAUUACUGUCAAGUUCUGUGACGCCAGAAAAUAAACGAAAGAGUAGAAAUGACGAAAAGUGA